CCCGACCAAUCACACCGCGCCAUUCCCCACCCCCACUCCACCAUUUCCUUCUUCAAUCUGUCAAAAUCGUGUCACAAUGGCAAAAUAAACCAGUGUCAAAACAAUAACAAAAUCGUUUUUAGGCUGACAUAUUGUGACAGGCGCCCACUAGAAAUUAUGAGCGACGAAAACAUGGAUUUGUGCGAGUGCAUUUGGGGCCACGAAUUGGCCAUGCGAAGGCUUUUGAACGUCAUUCGAAACUCGCAAAGUAAUUGUGUGGAUAAUGAGUGCUUUGACGAGGGGUUCCAGAGGCAGAGCCCCGAGUCGAGCAUGCUUUUGAUGACUUGUGUCUUGAUGGUUGCAAUGUUUUUGUAUUAUUUCCGCCCAAGGACUCAGAGAAUCGAUGACACCAAACCUGGGAGGAGUGACCGGAAUGGGGCUCCGCCAAGCCCUCCAGCCCCCAUGUCUUAAAAAAACAACUUUUAGGACAAUUGUUGCAAUGUAUACUUUAUUGUAUUAUUUACCAAUCAGUCUUUUAGGCCUUUAAAUUGUUAAUUAACUACAAGGGGACUUGAGUUUUUGUUGUUGGCAAUAAAAUGCAUCACUAAUGCUUUGGCUUAUUAUGUUGGUACCAAUGUACAAAAUUGUUCAACAUUCCAAGUUGAUUCUUCACCACAAUGCUCAAAUUAAUCUCACUACAGAUAUGUAUUUAUGUGUAAAAUAACUUGUAUAAAAAUUAUCAACAAUUCAAAUAAAAAGUAUAUUUUA